CCAAAAAUUGUAUAUAGAAGUAAAAAGAAUCCUUUACAAGAUCCCAUAAAUUGGUGGGUUUAUGGUCGGGAAAGGGAAAAAACCUAGACUGUUUCUGCAACAUCUGAAAAUGGUUGAAAUUAACAGAAGAAAUGCUGUAACUGAGGGAAUCCACAACUGAAAUCGACGGUGGAAGCCCUGAAAUUCAAGAAGAAAAGUUGCAGAAAAGCAUAAUAUAGCUGCAGCUGCAAGAGUAGUAGGACGCAACUGAAGUUGAGUUCUUCCAAGCAAAACUGAAGAUGGAGAGCAGCGAAGAAGAAGAUGAUUUCCCAUCUAUCGAAUCCGUCACCCCACAAUCUAAGAUCGACACCAUCUAUCAGUCUAAAACUGAAAAGGGCAUCAGAAAGCUUUGUUUUGAGCUUCUUGAUUUGAAGGAUGCGGUAGAGAAUUUAUGUGGCAACACUCAAUCCAAGUACUUGGCUUUUUUGAGGUUAUCUGAAGAGGUUGUGGAAAUGGAGCACGAGCUAAAUGAGCUACAAAAGAAUAUUUCUGCACAGGGAAUCCUUGUACAGGACUUAUUGAGUGGCGUCUAUCAUGAGCUGGGAGAAUGGAGCCGAGCCAAUCCAGGCCUCCUGAAUUCUGAAGAACCUCAAAAAGACGGUGAAAUUGACUUUUCAAAUGAAGCAGAAGAUGAAAAGCGGUUAUGUCUGGAAAAUAUUGAUAUACUUCUGGCUGAGCAUAAAGUGGAAGAAGCAAUUGAAGCAAUAGAUGCAGAAGAAAGAAAGCAUCCAGAACUUAAAAGCUCAGGAGAUACUUUAUCCAAUGAACUGUCAUCAUACAAAUCUGCUUUCAUGAAACGGAAAUCGAUUCUUGAGGAUCAAUUGGUUCAGAUGACAGAACAGACAUUGAUUGGUGCUGCUGAUCUGAAAAUAGCUGUUUCUGGUCUAUUGAAGCUUGGAAAAGGUCCUCUUGCACAUCAGCUUCUUCUGAAAGCGAAUGGGGCCCGCCUUCAGAAAAGAAUCGAGGUCUUUCUUCCAUCAUGCCCUUGUUACCCGGAAACAUUUUCCGCUACUUUAUCUAACCUCAUAUUUUCUACAAUCUCAUCAACAACAAAAGAGAUGGGUUUGAUGUUUGGAGAUGAUUUGGUUUACAGUAACAGAGUUGUUCAAUGGGCAGAAUGGCAGAUUGAAUUAUUUGUGCGGUUGGUUAAGGAGAAUGCGCCUUCUUCUGAGACCGUUUCAGCUUUACAUGCUGCAAGUGUAUGUGUUCAGGCUAGUCUUAACCACUGCUCUGCGUUGGAAUCACAGGGACUGAAGCUCUCAAAGGUGCUUUUGGUGCUUUUGGAGCCAUAUGUUGAAGAAGUUCUAGAAUUGAAUUUCAGAAGGGCAAGAAAACUAGUUUUUGCUUUUUCUGGAAAUGAUGAAAUCUUGCCACUGUCACCUCGUCUUGCAUCUCCAUUGUCUACUUUUGCUAUAUCUUCUGACGGCCUGCUUGUUGAUAGCGGCACAAGGUUCAUCUUCAUGGUCAAAGAUAUAGUGGAGCAGCUAACGCGCCUAGUCAUUUUGCACUUUGGAGGAAAUGUUUUGACUAGAAUCUUGCAACUUUUUGAUCAAUACAUGGAUGAACUGAUAAAAGCUUUACCUGAACCAUCUGAAGACGAUAGUUUGGUGGAGUUAAAAGAAGCUAUACCUUUUAGCGCCGAGACUGAUUCCCAACAGCUUGCUCUGUUGGGAACUGCAUUUACCAUUGCAGAGGAGCUAUUACCGAUGGUUAUGUCUGAAAUUUGGAGUGUUGUAAAUGAAAGCAAGGAAUCAGGAAGUGGAGUUACUGAUAACAUUGCCCCUUUAAUGAACGGUACGAUAGAUUAUAAGGACUGGAGGCGGCAGCUUCAGCAUUCAUUGGAUAAGCUUAGAGAUCAUUUCUGUAGACAGUAUGUUCUGAAUUUCAUUUAUUCAAGAGAUGGUAAAACACGACCUGAUGCACACAUUUAUUUAAGUGGGGAAGGCGAUGAUCUCAGUUGGAAUUCUGAUCCUUUGCCUUCGUUGCCCUUCCAGGCCUUAUUUGGGAAGUUGCAGCAGUUAGCAACGGUUGCUGGGGAUGUGUUACUUGGGAAAGAAAAGAUCCAGAAAGUGUUGCUUGCCAGGCUAACCGAGACUGUAGUGAUGUGGUUGAUGUCCAACGAAGAGGAUUUCUGGGGUGUUCUAGAGAAUGAAGUGGCAAAACUUCAGCCACAAGGGUUACAGCAGUUAAUUCUUGAUAUGCACUUCACUGUUGAAAUCGCGCGUUUUGCUGGUUACUCUUCCAGAAAUGUGCACCAGAUGGCAUCGUCCAUAAUUGCUCGUGCUAUUAGAACAUUCUCAGGCAGAGGUGCAAACAAACAAAGUGCACUUCCGGAGGACGAAUGGUUUGUUGAAACCGCAAAGGCUGCAAUAAACAAGCUCUUGAUGGGAGGUGACGGAUCGGAUACUUCUGAAAUCGAUGAAGACCAUAUAAUCUUACAUGAUGAUGAUGAAUUACAUGAUGAUGAUGAAUUACAUGAUGAAGUGAUUUCAGAUUCUGACGAAUCUCCUUCAUCUCUCUCAACGAUUACUACUUCCGAAUCUUUUGCUUCUGCAGAAAGUCAAAUGUUGGAUAGUCUUUCGGAUUUUACAGAUCCCGAGUCGUGAUAUGUUACUUCCGGAAGACGCUCGACCGACGAUUUUGUAUUAGAAUUAUCUGCUCUCAGGUUAGUUAUGGUAGCGUUAGAUUCAAAUCUAAAGUAGUUUGCAUGUAAUAUUUACUAAAAAGAAACUCUUGUUGCAUUCUAAUUAGAAAAUUUCAUAAAAUCAAGAUAUCAUGUUCUUGGUCUCUUUAG